CCUGCGCAGUCUCUUCUCCACACAUGCUGGUGUUGCUGCUAAUGGUCGAGUCGGCGGCGGCUGAGGUUCACCUGUGUGGUGUCUGCCUGUGAGGUAGUGUCUACUCUGCAGUAUAGAGGCAUUAUGUACUCAGAGUGGAGGUCCCUACAUCUUGUAAUACAAAAUGAUAAGGGUCACACCAGUGUACUCCACAGCUAUCCUGACAAUGUGGGAAGAGAGGUGGCAAACGCUGUUGUUCGUCCCCUUGGUCAAGUCUUGAAUGCUCCGUCAACAGUUGGAAGUGAGAGUUUACUGAAAACAGACAAAGAAGUAAAAUGGACCAUGGAGGUGGUUUGUUAUGGAUUAACCCUCCCUUUAGAUGGUGAGACUGUAAAGCACUGUGUUGAUGUAUAUACAGACUGGAUUAUGGCUCUGGUUUUACCUAAGGACUCCAUUCCUCCACCUGUUGUUAAAGAACCAAAUCUUUAUGUUCAGAGCAUUCUCAAACAUCUACAAAAUCUCUUUGUACCAAGACAGGAUCAAGGUUCCAGUCAGAUUAAAUUGUGUUUGCAAGUUUUAAAAGCUGUCCAAAAAUUGGCUCGUGAGUCAACCACUAUGGCUAGAGAAACAUGGGAGAUUUUAUUAUUGUUUCUACUACAGAUUAACGAUACUCUGCUGGCAGCUCCAACAGUACAAGGUGGUAUUGCUGAGAAUCUGGCUGAGAAGCUGAUUGGUGUGCUGUUUGAAGUCUGGUUAUUAGCCUGUUCCCGGUGCUUUCCCACACCACCUUACUGGAAAACUGCCAAAGAGAUGGUAGCCAAUUGGAGGCAUCAUUCUGCAGUGGUGGAGCAGUGGAGCAAAGUAAUCUGUGCUCUUACUGCUAGAUUGCUGCGUUUUACGUAUGGACCUUCAUUUCCACCUUUUAAAAUUCCCGAUGAAGAUGCCAGUCUGAUUCCUCCUGAAAUGGAUAACGAGUGUGUUGCCCAGACUUGGUUUCGCUUUUUACAUAUGCUAAGUAACCCUGUGGAUUUGAGUAAUCCAGCGAUUAUAAGCUCUACCCCCAAAUUUCAGGAACAGUUUCUAAAUGUGAGUGGAAUGGCUCAGGAAUUGAAUCAGUAUCCCUGCCUUAAACAUCUGCCUCAAAUAUUCUUUCGUGCUAUGCGUGGGAUCAGUUGCUUAGUGGAUGCAUUUCUAGGUAUUUCAAGGCCUCGAGCAGAUAGUGCUCCACCCACACCAGUAAAUAGACUGAGUAUGCCCCAGACUACUGCUGUCAACACAACUCCACCUCACAACCGAAGGCAUCGAGCUGUAACUGUGAAUAAGCCAACAAUAAAAAACAGCACAGCUAGCACUGCUCAUACUUCCAAAGUACAACACCAGCCAUCCUCCACUUCUCCACUAUCUAGCCCAAACCAGACCAGUUCUGAGCCUCGACCUCUCCCUGCUCCUCACAGGCCAAAGGUUAACAGUAUCUUGAACCUCUUUGGAUCGUGGCUAUUUGAUGCAGCAUUUGUUCACUGUAAGCUUCAUAAUGGAAUAAACAGAGACAGCAGUAUGACUGCAUCUUUUAUCCAAAUUCUUCUUUCUUAUAAAUCUUCUAUAGCAACACAAGCUAGUGUGGAGUUUCGCCGGAAAGGAUCACAAAUGUCUGCAGAUACUAUGGCUUCCAAUCCCAUGUUUGAUGCAGGCGAAUUUUCAGACAACUAUGAAUCAGGCAGAGCAGAGGCUUGUGGAACUCUUUGUAGGAUAUUUUGUAGCAAGAAGACUGGGGAGGAUAUACUGCCAGCCUACUUAUCCCGAUUUUACAUGCUUUUAAUUCAGGGUUUGCAAAUAGCAGAUUCUGUCUGUCACCCAGUUCUGGCUAGUGUUAUUCUAAACUCCCCAGCGUUGUUCUGCUGUGACCUGAAAGGGAUUGAUGUCUUAGUUCCUUACUUCAUUUCAGCACUUGAAACUAUUUUACCCGACAGGGAACUCUCAAAAUUUAAAACAUAUGUGAAUCCUACAGAACUAAGAAGAGCCUCUAUCAAUAUUUUACUCUCAUUGUUGCCUCUUCCCCAUCAUUUUGGAACAAUAAAAUCAGAGGUCGUUCUGGAAGGAAAAUUCAGCAAUGACGACAGUUCAUCCUAUGAUAAACCAGUAACCUUCCUGUCUUUGAAGUUAAGACUUGUGAAUAUACUAAUAGGAGCACUACAAACGGAAACAGAUCCCAACAACACUCAGAUGAUACUAGGUGCAAUGUUGAACAUUGUGCAAGAUUUAGCACUUCUGGAAGCCAUUGGUUGCCAGAUGGAGACGAAUGGUAGUGAGAAUACUGUCUUGAAAAGCCACAGUCGCACUAACAGUGGCAUUAGCACAGCAAGUGGAGGAAGCACAGAGCCCACUACUCCUGACAGUGAGAGACCAGCGCAAGCUCUCCUAAGGGAUUAUGCUCUUCAUACAGAUACAGCGGCCGGACUCCUGAUUCGCAGCAUUCUUUUGGUAACACAGAGACUCAACGGACAGUGGAGGCAGGAAAUGAGCAUCUCACUAGCUGCAUUAGAGCUUCUUUCUGGUUUGGCAAAGGUGAAGGUUGGUGUUGAUUCUUCUGAAAGGAAGAGAGCAGUUAGCUCUGUGUGCAGUUAUAUUGUGUACCAGUGUAGUCGCCCAGCCCCUCUCCAUUCCAGAGAUCUUCACUCCAUGAUCGUAGCAGCAUUUCAGUGUCUCUGUGUCUGGCUCACUGAACAUCCAGACAUGCUUGAAGAAAAGGACUGUUUAAAAGAAGUGUUGGAGAUUGUGGAACUGGGCAUCUCAGGAAGUAAAUCCAGAAAUAGCGAACAAGAGGUCAAGUACAAAGGAGAUAAGGAGCCAAAUCCUGCUUCCAUGAGAGUGAAGGAUGCAGCUGAAGCUACCCUCACAUGCAUCAUGCAAAUACUUGGAGCUUUCCCUUCACCCAGUGGCCCUGCCUCUCCUUGCAGCUUAGUGAAUGAGAUCACCUUAAUUAAAUACUCCCGUCUGCCUUCCAUAAACAAAUACAGCUUCCGCUAUUUUGUCCUGGACAACAGCGUCAUCCUUGCAAUGUUGGAGCAACCUUUAGGGAAUGAGCAAAAUGACUUUUUUCCUUCAGUCACAAUUCUGAUCCGUGGGAUGUCUGGAAGACACGCAUGGGCCCAGCAGCUUUCCCUUUUGCCAAGAGGAGCCAAAUCAAAUCAAAAGAUGUUUGUCCCAGAACCUCGUCCUACACCUAAAAAUGAUGUUGGACUCAAAUAUAGUGUGAAACACCGGCCGUUUCCUGAGGAAGUGGACAAAAUCCCUUUUGUGAAAGCAGAUCUGAGCAUUCCAGACUUACAUGAAAUAGUUACUGAGGAACUGGAGGAGCGGCAUGAGAAGCUGAGAAAUGGUAUGGAUCAGCAAGUUCUUUAUGAGAAGUCUAUAGAUCAGCAGAUGGAAGAUGACUGGAGGAAGAAGAAUUUCCCUGAUCCAGUCACGGACUGUAAGCCACCACCUCCUGCACAGGAGUUCCAAACCGCACGCCUCUUCCUAUCUCAUUUUGGAUUUCUGUCACUGGAAGCACUGAAGGAACCUGCUAACAGCAGACUACCUCCUCACCUGAUUGCACUUGAUUCUUCUCUACCUGGGUUUUUUGAUGACAUUGGUUACCUGGAUUUGCUGCCAUGUCGUCCUUUUGAUACGGUUUUCAUUUUCUAUAUGAAGGCAGGCCAAAAAACAAGCCAAGAAAUUUUGAAGAAUGUAGAGUCUUCCAGAAAUGUUCAGCCACAUUUCCUAGAGUUCUUGCUUUCUCUUGGCUGGUCAGUUGAUGUGGGAAAGCACCCCGGAUGGACAGGGCAUGUUUCAACUAGCUGGUCCAUUAACAGCUUCUGUGAUGAGGAGGUAUCUGAACAAGAUGAAAUCAUCUCUUCAGAAGACAUUGGGGCAAGUAUCUUCAAUGGGCAAAAGAAAGCACUAUAUUAUGCAGAUGCUCUUACAGAAAUAGCUUUUGUUGUUCCGUCACCUGUGGAGUCCCUAACGGAUUCAUUGGAAAGUAAUGUCUCAGACCAAGAAAGUGACUCCAAUAUGGAUCUCCUACCUGGGAUACUAAAGCAACCAGCACUGACACUAGAACUCUUCCCCAAUCAUACAGACAAUAUCAGUUCUUCACAAAGGCUCAGUCCAACUUCCAGAUCAAAGAAGUUGCCGCAGGGUCGAGCUAUUCCUCCACUGGGACCUGAAACCAAGGUGUAUGUGGUUUGGGUUGAACGUUAUGAUGAUAUAGAGAACUUCCCUCUCUCUGACUUGGUUUCAGAGACCAGCACUGGAGUAGAAACUACAACUAAUAGCAGCACGUCGUUGAGGUCCACUACUCCUGAAAAAGAAGUUCCAGUGAUUUUCAUCCAUCCCUUAAACACUGGAUUAUUCAGGGUAAAAGUGCAAGGAGCUACUGGGAAAUUCAACAUGGUCAUCCCACUGGUGGAUGGGAUGAUAGUUAGCAGGAGAGCUUUAGGUUUCUUAGUGAGACAGACAGUAAUAAAUAUUUGUCGAAGAAAAAGGCUGGAAAGUGACUCGUACAAUCCCCCUCAUGUCCGUCGAAAACAGAAAAUAGCUGACAUAGUCAAUAAAUACAGGAACAAACAGCUGGAGCCAGAGUUUUAUACCUCUCUUUUCCAGGAGGUUGGGCUCAAAAGCUGCAAUCCUUAGACCAAUAUCCUCCCUGAACAAUUAGAUCAGAGCUUGGUGUCUACAGGAAUGGAAACAAAAACCUUCCCCGUCUUGGAACUCCUGUGUAAAGAAACCACAACCUGAGCAUGACUUCUGCUUCUACUGCAAGGAACCAAUGAGGACUCGAUAUAGGCUCCCACCCUACAAACCCUUUUUGUACAGCUUCACACCACCAGCUGCUACAGAGGGACAAGCUUUCACCAUAAAUUAUUAUUUAGUAAUAGACAAAGUGGAUGUGUAGCAGAGAGAGGGUUAACUGCACUUCUCACCAUUUUCCAUGUUCACAUAAAAUGCCAGAUAUGGAGCAUAGAACGAACUUCUGAAAUUUUGUACUUGGUUUCACUAGCAGGUUAGGCUCAAGGGAAAGUUCUUCCAGAGACCAUGACAUUGCAAUACCGUUUGUGUGUGCUUGUCUAUUUAGCUUGCUUUCCUAUUUACAAGCAGGCUUGGUUCCAGAUUUUGUUUAGCCCAAAGUCAGAGAUCUCCAUUUCCUUUUAUCUUCCUCCUCCAGAUCCAAGGUGAAUGUACCAUGAACCCAUUGCUCAAAGUUCAUUUACUUUUGUAGGUUACUCUCCCCGUCUGCCUGCUGUUGGUCUAUCCAGGGUAAAAGGGUUCAGCUAUCGGGGGUGGGGGGGAACAAACAAAAAGCUAUCUUCUUAGCAUCAAGGAUGCAGCAUUUUGAAUCACUUGCCAGCUUUGGGACAUAGAUGCAUGUCUUGUGUAGCGACAUCCCACCUUGUCCUAUUUAGAGAAAGAAGUAAAAUCCUCAACAUGGGAAUGGAUGCAAUGGGAAUUUGCUACAAACAGAUUUACUAUGAGAGAUUUCUGACACGCAAACAUACUUUACAGAAGGGAACAGAAGCUUCCUUUCAAGUCCCACAUUUUAUCCUUGCUUUGCAAAGAAGCAGGCUCCUUUUUAAAAAGAAUUAUUGAAACUGAGUACACAUCUUUGCAGACCAUGGCUAUGUACUGUUAGUAGAAGUGAUGAACCAUUUAAGUUAAAUAUGUUGGGCUGCUCUUUUUGGUGGUGUCACUCACAUUUCCCCUGUAAUGUCUAGCUGUGAUCUUAGCCAGAGAAAUCUGCAUGUCGCCUUAAAGAAGAAAUUGUUAGAUGACUGAGUUUUCUUGCUAUUGAUACUUAAACUAGAGGAGGGUAUCAUUAUUUAAUAGAACCUUUUUUAAAAUCUGAUAAAAGCUUUUGAAAAUCAACCUAUGCAUUUUACAAAUGGAGCUUAGUUCUUCCAAAAGAGAAUUGAAAUAACCAUACUUCAAGGAAAAACUUAAGUAUUGGUUAGGAGUAAGAGGGACCAUUUUUAUUCUCAGAAAUAACAAAUACAAACCUAGCCCUAAACACAUGUAUUUAGAAAAUAAGUCCUAUUGAUCACAAUGGAAUAUGAUUCCAAAUAAGCAUAUAGUAAUAUACUAUUAAGUUCUGAAGAAUUAAGUUCCCAGCUCAGUUUGGAGCCCUUGAAUGUAUGUGAUUUUUUUUCUUCCUUUUUUUUUAGUAUCAGCCACAACGUGAUGCAUGUGAGCCAAAACCACUUUGGCUUUACUAUUGCGUAAUUGUAGGUUUUCAAGGUUAAAACAAUAAGAACAUCCACUUCGAAGCAAACACUACCAAAAUCAGUUGGAUUCACUUCAUAUUAUCCCCAUAAUAGUUUAAGAUUGUUCAUUGAGUUGCCAGUAUAAUAUCCUUGCAAGUCUUAGCUUGCUACUGAAACAAAGCUGAUUAAUUCUAGAGGACAAUUAGGGUUGUAGCUGAUGGUCUCUUUCCUCUGCUGGAACUGGGAGAGGGAACUGUGCACCCUGAAAAUCUGCUUCAAAGGGCUGGGAAAUCCUCUGGAGUAGAUUUUUGGGCAAUUCACAGGGCUGCAGUGGGGAGCAGAGAGGGAGGGAAGUUCUGUACGCUAGCAAACAUCCACUAGUACAACUUUGGAUUUUACCCUUAACUUCUAAUAUUGGAUAUGCCUUUGCAGAAUUCAUGCAUAUGCAAGUGGCUUGCAAUUGAUCAUGCAGUAUUUUAAAGUAGUUAAUCUCUGUAACUGUGACACAGACAGCCCUGUCUUUCCCCAAUCGGCAAAUGGCCAGUAGUUUUCUACAGCAUGUGAACCUCUCUCCAAAUAUUAGUGAACAUAGGUUGUUGGGCCUCUUAAAAUUAAUUAACAUGGUAUAUUCAGUUUCCAAGCCCAAGUAGGCAUAUAGCAUAGAAUGUGAAUGUCAACUCUGUUGCUAUGAUAACAAUAUUUAAAGUAUUUUGCAAAACAGUUGACUGACACUUCUCUAUGCCUUUUCCUUUUUUAUAUCCAGUGCUUCGAGUUUUCAUGGCAUGGAAUUUAAAAUUCUUUAAUUUAUGUGUUAGCCGUAAAACUCGUGCAUAUGAUGUUUUUUGCUUGGUUAAACCCACAUGUUUCUCAAUGUUGAUAUACAAGGAGAUAUUUGAGGGUAGCAAACAAACUAUAUCCAUCAGUAGAAAGUGCAAAAGUAAGUUAUAUUUUGAACUGUUAAGAUCCUAAGGAAAAGCUAUUUUGAAACUGGCCUACAGCAACAGUAUUUCAUAUUCUUUCAUAUGGUUAAAUUAUACCAGAGAAAAAAGUGGCCAGGUGUGGAGCAUUUUAUGAACAAGAGUUUUGCAAAGAAAAUAUGGGAAAUUUAGUAGCUUUAUGUGGAUUUCCAGUGGGCAUAUAUGUGUUAAAGCUAUUCUUUGCAGCAGUACUGGCUUCAUAAUUGGUAUAAUAAUGAGUAUUUCACUACACAACAUUCUUCUAACAGAGAUACAAUUUGUUCAUAAAAGCUACCACUGUGGCUUUGUUGAAGAGAAAAGUGACCUCUAUGAGGCAACCUAAAGGGCUUUGGGUUUCUUACAGAAGGUUGAACAAUGGAUAUGCUGUUUAUACUGAUCUAGCAAGCUAGUGACUGUCCACUUUAGGAGUAGAUCCAGAUGCUACUAUUUGGAAAAUAAGGGCACAUAAUAAAGUCCCUCCAAAUGUCUGGCAUGUUUAGUUCUGCUUAACUAAUGCACAGGACUGGAACAGCAAAUAGCACUGCCAGUGAGGAUCCAGGGUAUACUGACAUUUGUAUAGCACCUUGUACUUGAUACUGAACAUCUGCCAGUAUUAACCUAGUGCAACCUUCCCCAGCCAGCUGCCCUCUAAGUAUUCUGGACUUCAAUCCCAUCAACUCCAUCCAACACGGUCAGUGGUCAGGAAUACUUGGAGUUGUAAUCUAAAACAUCUAGAAGGCACCAGAUUGGGGAAAGCUGACCUAGUGGGUGAGCACCUAGCUUAAUUGUACACACUCUUAGGUACUAUUCGGAUCUACAAGAUGACCUAUCACAUUUAGUCCAUGAAUUAAAUGGCAUGACCAAUGCAUGUGUACCACAAAAACAGUCAUCAACAUGGUUGAUUAAUUGGAUGUCUGUACAUAAAAAUAACUUUCCAACAUAGCUAUAAUUGUUUGAACCAUAUAUGUACUCUGGGCAGAGUCACUAGCUUGUAUUAUGACUAAUGACCUGCCCAAACCAUCUUUUUGAUUUACACAGGUGGGAAAGAAAAAUCAUAAAUCUACAAUUGUUUUUGAGCUGGGCUGGAGGCAUGGCCAACUUUGGUAUUUAAGACUUCAAAUAAAUAGUUUUUACUUAUAUCCAUUCAAAUUUAAAGGUCUGCUCUUCAAUAAAUUUUAGUUUAUUAAACACUGCCAUGGAACUGCAAGAAUCAUCUGUACUUGUAAAGGUUUCUUUCUUUUCCUUCAGGAGAUCCUUUCUAUUAUGCAUGUCUAUACUUAUCCCUAGGACUUCCCCAGACUUUAUAAUUUGCUUGAAGCAGCCUUAAUUUAGUUUAUAUUUCAAAAAGGUCUAAAAACAGGCAUGUUGUCUUGAAUCCACUUGCAUGUGGACAAGUCCUCCUGACUUUGAAUAUGUACUUACCAGCACACAACUGGACUCAGUGUUGAGGCCUAAAUUUGCAUGUAUUACUACUUUUGUUAGCAGAAUCAAAAGUGCUAAGGAAGGAAAUACCACAGUGAUCCCUCCAAAAUGCACUGAGCAAUUAAUAGAAAUAUGUAAGGGCUCACUUUCACUGUGUUCUCCCAGAUGUUGCAUAUGAUGUGGUCCUUCUGUACAGAUGCUGGUUGUCUGUUUUUGUAUGGGUGUAAAAGAGAAGGCUUCCAAAUGCACUGAUAACUUCCUGUCACCUGUGCAGAGCUGUUGACUGACUGCAAUAAACCUUUGUAAAGAUGGUUGUAUUUGAAAAAUAAAAAAGUUCUAUUAAGUCAAAUAAAGACAUCAGACUUGAUCAUAUGUAGAUGAACCAUCAGGAUAAUUAAAAGUAUAGACAUGUCUAGAACAGACUUGUUUCCUGCCAUUUAUGCUGCUUGUUUCCUAUUACCAUUUUAUUUGGUUAUCUUAAUUACUAUGGUCUGUUUGUUUUCAUUUUUUAAAGAGAUACAAUAUUAGGGCUACAAAUAUUUAUCUGUUUCUUAAUAGAGCAUUAUGCUAAUAUAAAUUGAGGAAGUAAAAUAUUGUCAUUUCACAACACUUCAAUAUGAAAACUCAGUUUUAAUACCUUUUUAAUAAAGAAUUUCCAUUUAAGAAAUAUAGAUCACCUUUCUUAACAGGUCCUUCAAGGAUAUUUUAAAUGUAAAGCAAAAAACAAACAAACGGGAGCUGAAGGAAAUCAUGUCUGGGGGAAAAAACACAAUUUUGUAUGCAGAGCAGCUGUAAGGCAACUGUAGAAAACAAAGUUUGCUUCCAAUCUUCAACACAAGGCCUAUUUACUUCGUUGGGUCAUGAGCCUGUAGGAGUGCCUUGAGGACUGGGCUGCCCGUUAUUUGUAGUUGCUUCCAACAGGGAGGUAUACAAUUGUCAUGUGGUGUUUAGAAUAUUCUUCCUAGGAGGAUUAUAAGACUACAAUUUGACAUAAAUAGUGAACAAAAAUAUAACUGUGACUCAGUAGUGGUUAUACAAUUGGAAAAAGUGUCUUUGAAGGACGACAGGGUUCUUACAGGAGUGCUUGGAAGGAGGUGGGUAGAUACCAUGUGCUUAAAAAUCAUGUACAAUUGUGUAUAAAGUUCUGUAUGUUGCCAAGACAUGAUCUUUUUGUUCUUACUGUAUUUUCUGUAAAUAUUCCUAGCACUAAGUUGUAAAGGCAGACUGUAAAUACAAAGAUGUGAAGCUAUGUUCCUCUGUCUCUAGUUCUUUAUCUCUUGUUUAGGGAAGGCACAAAGGCUUGUUUGUAUUUAUGCCAACUCUUUGUCCAGAAGAAACACAUCAAAUAUUGAAUGUAACACAUUUAGUCAAAUAAAUUUUAAAGAUAUUCUUA